AACCGCCGCCCAGGUUCUGGGAAAUUCUGGAUUGUUUAACAAGCAUGGACUCCAAACGCAGCAGCAGCAACAAAGGAAUCUCUCAUUGCAUGAAUACUUGAGUAUGGAUUUAUUGCGGGAAGCUGGAGUCUGUGUUCCCAAAGGCUUCGUGGCAAAGUCAUCAGAUGAAGUUUAUGCAAUCGCCAAAAAAUUAGGGUCAAAGGAUGUUGUGAUAAAGGCACAGGUUUUAGCUGGCGGCAGAGGAAAAGGAACGUUUACAAGUGGCCUCAAAGGAGGAGUGAAGAUAGUCUUCUCUCCAGAAGAAGCAAAAGCUGUUUCCUCCCAGAUGAUUGGGAAAAAAUUGAUCACCAAGCAGACGGGAGCAAAGGGCAGAAUAUGCAAUCAAGUUUUGGUCUGUGAGCGGAAAUAUCCAAGGAGAGAUUAUUACUUUGCAAUAACAAUGGAGCGGUCAUUUCAAGGCCCUGUAUUGAUAGGAAGUGCACAAGGUGGCGUUAACAUUGAAGAUGUGGCUGCUGAGAAUCCUGACGCCAUUAUUAAAGAACCUGUUGAUAUAAUAGAAGGCAUCAGAAAGGAACAAGCUGUGACACUUGCACAGAAGAUGGGAUUUCCAGCGAACGCUGUGGAUUCUGCAGCAGAAAACAUGAUCAAGCUUUAUAACCUUUUUCUGAAGUAUGAUGCGACUAUGGUAGAAAUAAACCCAUUGGUAGAAGAUUCCGAUGGACAGGUGUUAUGUAUGGACGCAAAGAUCAAUUUUGAUUCAAAUUCAGCAUAUCGCCAAAAGAAGAUCUUUGAUCUCCAGGACUGGACCCAGGAAGACGAAAGGGACAAACAGGCAGCUAAUGCAGAUCUUAACUACAUUGGCCUGGAUGGGAACAUAGGCUGCCUAGUAAAUGGUGCUGGGUUGGCUAUGGCCACAAUGGAUAUAAUAAAGCUACAUGGAGGGACUCCAGCCAACUUUCUUGAUGUUGGUGGAGGUGCCACAGUCCACCAAGUAACAGAAGCAUUUAAGCUUAUCACUUCAGAUAAAAAGGUGCAGGCUAUUCUGGUCAACAUUUUUGGAGGAAUUAUGAGAUGUGAUGUUAUUGCAAAAGGAAUAGUUAUGGCAGUUAAAGAUUUAGAAAUCAAAAUACCUGUUGUGGUACGGUUACAAGGUACACAAGUUGAUGAUGCGAAGGUACUAAUAGCAGACAGUGGACUUAAAAUUCUUGCUUGUGAUGAUUUGGAUGAAGCUGCUAAAAUGGUUGUGAAGCUCUCUGAAAUUGUGACCUUAGCUAAAGAAGCCCACGUGGAUGUGAAGUUUCAGUUGCCAAUCUGAGUGAGAACUUGGAGGCUGGCUGACGGUGUUAAUGUGCUGUAGCUCUUUAUUAUACUGUGGUCCCUGCUAUUGUCCCUUUCCUUUUCAGUGUGUGGGGAAUGUCACUGCCCACAUAGCACCUCACGAACCUUUGAAAGCCUUUGGUCUGUGUUUAGUCUGCUGCUCAGAACGGACUGUUUAUAUAAAGGACGUAUGAUUCAGAUUGCUGGUUUCUUUUGUUUCAGCUGUCCUUUUUGCUUCCUCUACAGAACAUCACUUGCAGUAUGCCUAUUUUCUGUUGUUGGAUACAAAGUUCUUCAUUGCUGAGAGUCCUAUAAAUAAAAUAACUAACUACAAA